AUGUCCAAGCACAACCUCAUCAAGCGCCUCGGGCUGCAGCAUCCGAUCAUCCAAGCGCCCAUGGCGGGCACCGCGACGCCCGCGCUCGCGGCAGCCGUCUCGAACGCCGGCGGCCUCGGCUCCAUCUCCAUCGCAAACUUUGACGCGCCGACGGCGCGCAAGAACAUCCAGGCGCUCAAGGCGCUGACGGACAAGCCGUUCAACAUCAACGUGUUCGUGCAUGUGGAGGGCGUGCAUGAUGCCGCGCGUGAAUCCGCAUGGCUCGACUUCCUCCGCCCCGAGUUUGAGCGGUACGGCGCGGCCCCACCCGCCGAGAUCAAGAACAUCAUGCCGACGUUCUACGCCAACGAGGCCGUCGCGCAGGUGCUUGUCGAGGAGCGCCCGCCCGUCGUCUCGUUCCACUUUGGCAUCCCGCCACCAGCGACGAUCAAGGCGCUCAAGGACGCCGGCUCGGUGCUCUUCGCGACGGCGACCAGCGUGGCCGAGGGCAAGCUCCUCGAAGCGGCGGGUAUCGACGCCAUCGUCGCGCAGGGCGUCGAGGCGGGCGGCCACCGCGGCGUCAUGGACCCCGCUGCGCCCGACGACGAGCUGACGACCGCGGCGCUCACGCGCCAGCUCGUCAAGCACACAGGUCUGCCGGUCAUCGCGGCCGGCGGGAUCAUGGACGGUGCCGGCAUCGCGGCGUACCUCGACCUCGGCGCCGAGGCGGCCCAGCUCGGCACGGCGUUCAUCGCGUGCCCCGAGAGCGCCGCAGACGACGGGUAUCGCGCCGCGCUGGGCGGCGACCCAGCCUUCCACACGCGGCUCGUGCCCAUCAUCUCUGGGCGAGCCGCCCGCUCAAUGACGACCAACUGGGUCAAGCUUGCGCAGGGCGAGCACGCCCUCGGCCCGGUGACCGACUUCCCGGCCUACCCCAUCGCGUACGAUGCCGCCAAGGCGCUCAUCGCGGCCGCCAAGGCGAAGGGCGACUUCGGAUGGGGCGCGUACUGGGCCGGCCAGGGCGCCCCGCUGUCCCGCGGCAAGGUGCCCGCUGCCGAACUGUAUGCGCAGCUGGUGGCUGAGCUUACUGCUGCGCGCCAGGCGAGCGCGUCCAAGCUGUAG